AUGGACCACAUAUUUCCAUCACUGCAUGACGCAGGUCCGCUAAGAACGUCCCCGCGCCUCCAUCAUUCGACCGCGCUGAAAUGCUGUUGUGGGAGUUCACAAUGUGCCUAUCUCCAGCAUAGUACUGCUGUGCUGGCGGACCUGGAAAAGGACGUUGAAACUGCUGCUCAGCUGGGCCAAGCAUUAUUACAGCGCCAUGAGUCUUACAUGACAGAUGCAGAACGGGAUCGAGGAAAGCUGAUAUUAGAAAUGGAACUUCUUGAGCGGGACAAGUGCCGGGCCCAAACCGAAAAUGCGCGGAUCGUUCAAGAAAAUCGCGAGCUCUUGGGACAGCUGGAGGACAUGAACAAUUUGGUCGUGGAAUCGGAUGCUCAAAUCAAGACUCUCACGGAUACCCUCGAGAGUACGCAGCUCCAGGUUAAACGACUGUCGAUUUCAGCGUCGCGGGUAGCCCAACUCGAGUCGCAGAUUGUCGCGAUGGAGAGAGAACAGGAGGAGCUUCAGGCAAAAUUUAUUGUUACAAAAGAAGAUGAGAAAUCAGCUGUCCAACGAUGGAGGCAAGCUGAAUGUAAUUUGCGCAAUCUUCAGGAUCAACUCGAGAGGAUAGAGAAGGAGACGAGGGAGGAACAGGAAAAGCACGUGGAGUUACUUGCACGCAUGGAGCGGAGGAGGAAUGUUGAACGAGAAUUGGAUAGCGCUGCAGGUCGACUUAAAGGUGCCGCGGCGGCCUCCUCCCUCGGCCAGAAUAAACCAGGGGUGGUUAGCAACUUCGUGCGCGACAUUUUACAAGAUAAUGCAAACCUCCAAAUGGGCAUCGUCGAGCUCAGGGAAAUGCUUCAGAACUCAAAUGAGGAGGUGCAGAACCUGCGGGAACAAGUCCUCCUCCAUCAACCACUAACCCCGGAGCCGAAUGAACGACAGCCCCGACAGAGGGGACUCCCGCUUAGUGUCGAACUGGAUGCUAAGUACUCGCCAGUGGCCUCCCAGGAGUUCCACGUCCAUCACCAUUACCACUGGCCUGUACCUACUGUUUCCCAGCGAAAGGAAAAGGUACAGCUCCCUAUCCAUCGCCGUCAGAGGAGAAAGAGACCCAUGAUAUCAUCUCCGCUUCUCGAGUCCCCGUCUCGCUUUUCCUCGCGGAUGUCACCAGUAUCACCUCGUCCACACGCUUCCAAUUCCUCCACGUCGACCAUUCUCUCCCAAACUUCAGUCUCCAUUCCUCCAUCCUCGAACAACCGCAAUUGGUCGACCCCACCCUUCGCUUACGCAGUAGCAGGAUCAAUGUCGUCGUCAAUGCCGAGCUCUCCGCAGUCUGCGUAUAGAACCUCGUCAAUUUUCGAUCGCGUAGACCAUGGCUUUGAGUCCUCUCGCCCUACCAGCCCGGAGAGCAUUGGGUUUGCAUCCCCAUCCGUUAGGCCAUACAAUCAUCGCAAAGGAUCCUUCGAUGUGCCCUUCCGAUCGAUAUCUGGCCCACCUGAGGUACAAGAUAUGUCUGUAGCUCCUCCAGGUGACAAAGUUCAAGGGCUAGGUGGUAAUUUCUCUGCAGAUGAGAGUUCACCUUAUUUCGAAGCUCCUAUCCUGGAAGAGUCAGAAGCUUCGGCUCAAGAAGUCACCAAUGAAGAUGCAACCCAAUCCCAACUAUCAACUUGCCCAGCUGAACCCGAACAUGAACAUGAACCUGAGCCUGAACUCUCGCCACAAUUACAGUAUCGCACAAUAAAACGUGCGUCCUCUCAUGACAGUCUCCUCUCCAUUUCAGGGAUGGAUAUCCAUACGCUUCGCUCCCGGCCAUCACAAAUGCUCAGCCCUUAUGCAGCAUUUCCUAUCAGAACACCCAGCCGUAUCACAUCCGCUGGGACGGAUGUAUCCUUCACUCCUCCCAUCAUUUCACGAACGAACAUCAUCGUCCCUACUGUAUCCCUUAGCAAUGGGGACAAAGGCUCCGACUCACGCUCCCUACUGUCCUUGGUCGCCGCUGCAGCUGCGGCAGACCCAAACGCAACCCCAACAGGCUCCCUGCCGAACAACACCUCUCCUAUUCACCAUCCAGAUGAUAUCUUCGCAUCUCGUCAGGCAACCAGUUUCAGCAAGAAGAUUGGUGGGUGGGUUUUUGGCAGAUGGGGGAUGACUCCAAUAGCAUCAACUGCAGACUCGCAUUCACCCAGAUCCUCGCGUCGUUCGUCGUUGGCAUCCUCUUCUCGUCCACCAAGGCCGCCAUCCAUCUCCGCUGUGUCAUCUGUAUCCACUUCUGUAUCCGCUUCAUUUGGCUUUUCUUCAACGACUGCGUCAACGACCAUGGCCAGACCAACCGGGGUGAACCAAAAGGGUCCUAUCCCGGGGCUCCGUCCUCCCGCAAAGGCGCCUACGGCUAUACAGCCCCAGGAAAUUGAUGAGGAGCUACUGCAGGCAACCUUACUCGAGUAACCUUAACUUUGGAUGCCCAACUAUCACCUACAUUCCUUUGCCACGUCCUUGGUCAUUUCUGAUCGUUUCCCAUACUUGCAUUUGAUACC